AUGGAACAACUCCCCUUUUUUGGUUUUUCCUAUAAUGGUCACCACGAAUGUGUUUAUCAUCUGCUAAAUCAUAAGGCAAAUGUAAAUUUAACAAAGAACAUUGGUGCCAGUCCAUUAUUUGUUGCAGCACGUAAUGGUCAUCAUCGUAUAGUAAAAAAGUUAUUAAAAAUGGGUGCCAAUGGUAAUUUAUGUCAACAAGAUAUGCGUAGUCCAUUACAAACGGCUCUAUUAUUUCAUCGUAAACGUUGUAUGAAAUUAUUAUUAAAAUGGAAUGUUUAUUUGAUAACAUCGGACAUACAUGGAUGUUAUCCAAUACAUUAUGCAGCCAUGAGCGGUAAUAUUAAAGCAGUAAGAAUUAUAACUGAUCAUUUGAUAUCUAGAAAAUUAUAUGAUCCGUCUAUUCGAGACAAACAUGGAAAUAGUGCUCUACAUACAACAUUAACACACAACACUUAUGAUUUAGCUAAUUAUUUAAUUUCAGAAAAAUUUAAUGUAAAUCAAUAA